GGGCCUUGUUCAAAAGGGGGGGCGUUCUGCAUUUUCAGUGGUGCACGGGUGCUACGAUGAAGCUCGUCCGGUUCCUGAUGAAGUUGACGAACGAGACUGUGACCAUUGAACUGAAAAACGGAACGGUCGUGCACGGCACGAUCAGCGGCGUGGACAUCAGCAUGAACACGCAUUUGAAAGUGGUCAAGAUGACCGUCAAGGGUAAAAACCCAACGUCCUUGGACUCGCUGAGCAUCCGUGGCAACAACAUCCGAUAUUACAUUCUGCCAGACUCGCUCAACUUGGACACGUUGCUCAUCGACGACAGUCCAAAACAAAAGGUCAAAGCGGGAUCCGCCGCGGCCGGCAGUGCCGCCGCAGCGAAAGGCAGAGGUCGUGGUGGCCGUGGGCGCGGUCGUGGGCGGGGUCGCCCGUAGAUAGCUUACUUAGGCAGAAGGACAGACGAAUGCACCGUUGAAUCCAGGUGGUUUAUAUACUCCA